UACUCCAACCAACAAUAACAACAAAAAUAAUAAUAAUAAAAUGAAGGCAACUUUGUUCAGUGUAGCGCUGCUUGUGCUUUUGGCUCAUGUGCAGUGCGACUCCAAGUUCCAUCAAUUGAUGAAGCAAUGCAUGGAGGAGACCAAGACCGCCGAGUCUGAUCUCAAGGACUUCAUGAGCGGCGGCAUGCAGAGCAAUGCGAGCGAGAAUCUCAAGUGCUAUGCCAAGUGCCUGAUGGAGAAACAGGGCCACAUGGUCGAUGGUCAGUUCAAGGCGGACGCCAUGCUAGCCACGCUCAAUAAUGUGCCACAGAUGAAGGACAAAAUGGCGGAGAUCACAUCGGGCGUGAAUGCCUGCAAGGACAUGAAGGGCAGCAACGAUUGCGAUACUGCCUUCAAGGUCACCAUGUGCCUCAAGGAGCACAAGGGCCUGAUGGGGCCACAUUAAACAGAAAUUUGCAUAAAAAUGUACACAGAAAAUUAAAUUACUCCCAUUGAGGCAAUUUUAAUAUCAAAAGAAGUUCAACCCUCUGAUAUUUAACUACCCAAAUUUCAACACAAGAAUCUCACUAUUGUUAGUGUUCAAUAGCGCAAACCUAAAUUGAUUUUUUUUCAAGUGUAAAACUCAGUUUCAUUCGCUUUAAUGUGAUAAUUCAAAGCGUAUGAAUUGUCCUUUAUGUUUCCUAUGCACUAUGGGCAAUAGAACCAUAUUUUCUCCUAUAAAUUAAUUAA